UGUUCUUCAUUCGUCGUUUGGCAUUCGUUUGGUUAACAAGACCGCCAGAAAUCGGUCGUAAACUUUGGUAAGAGACACACACAGGCACCCACACACAUACAUAUAUACACGGCCAGGUGAGCUUUCGACUAUAUUAGAGGGAGUGGAGUUUUAGAAAGUGGCACAAUGAAUAUGCAGAUAAAAAUUGUGUUGCUAUUCGGUCUGUGCUACACACUAGCCGUGGCAUUACCCACACAAACCGGUGAAGGAGAUGCAACUGCUGCAGCUCAGCCACCACUGCCGCGCUUCGCAAGCGCCGUCUCGCAGAAGAUCGCUUUGAAUAUGCUUAAAUUCAACGUUGAUAUCGAUUCCAAUCAAGUUUAUUCACCUCUGGGCAUCAGUUCCAUACUCGGCGUGUUGGCGGAGGGUGCGGCAGGCGAUACGUACGAUGAGUUUAGCAAGACACUUGGCUUCCCCGCUGAACGUGCCGAUUUGCGUACCUCCUUCCAACGCAUACUAUCGCGCUAUCAAAAUCAUGAAUAUUCCACGGCGCCUUCAUUCCAAACCUGGUUGUACAUCUACCGCAACAACACGGCGCGCGAUGAGUUCAAACAGCUGGUGCGUGACAACUACUUUGUCAUGGUGAAAGAUAUCAAUUGCGACGAGUAUGACUGGAAUGAGCCAAACACAUCGUUGGAUGUGGAGACCAGUUCAGUGAGCAACAGCAAAGAUGUGGUUGGCUUUGAGACCUUGAAGCGCUUAAGAGCCGAUGCUGAUUUGGCUGCUGCAGCUGCCACAGAGACGCAAUCGACUGAUACUUACGGCGAAGAGGUGGUUGAUAAGGUGCCAUCGAAAUUCGAUCGUGUGGUUGACGACAAACAAUAUGUGGGGAAACCAGCGAUAUUGGAGGAGUUCAAAAAGGUGGAUGAAGGUGUAAAAACAGCUGAAGAGCAACCGAAAGAAGUAGGUGAAGGCGCAGAGAGCACAACGACACUUGAUGAAGUUCGUGAACAAUUGAAAGAGACAGAAGCCUCAAAUUUGGCGAGUAUACCCAAACAUGAAGACGAGUUGAUUGGUAAAGAAGUUAGUAAGCGUGAAGAAGACUUGAACUUCGAGGACAAUGAGACUGUGCGUUCCGAGGAGAAAUUACAAAAACAUUACGACGACAACCAAGAUAGCGGUAUACCAAUACAGGAGGUGUUGGACUCCAAUGAGCCGGAGAAGGUUACACUGCCCCUACAGAAAUUAGAAAGCGCACUCGAUACGGCUAAUAAAAAUGCCGGUGAAAUAAUGAUUGCACUCGAAUCUCACAUAAGUUCAGUGCGCAGGGCACUAUCCGCACGUAGCCUUUUCCGUAAGGAAGAUAUCGCGCACGCUUUGAGCGCCAACUCCAUUACAGGACGCUCAGCCGGCGCGAAGACUAAAAUGCUGCUUUUCAACGGUCUCUACUUUGCUGGGCUCUGGGCGAAGCCGUUCACUAAAAUAAGCGCCGAUGAAGACAAUUUCUUCUUUAUGACAGCCGAAGAUGCAACAAAAGUGCCAAUGAUGCAGACGAAGGGCACAUUCCAUGUGGCUGAAUUGGAGCACUUGAAUGCGAAGGUGCUCUGUUUGCCGUAUGAGAACAAAAAAUUUGCCAUGAUGAUCGUGCUGCCCAAUGAAACCGAGGGACUUCGUUCACUGAUCGAGAAAUUACAAGCUGAAGAUCUUAAAAAAGCUAAAUCAUUAGCACAACAAAGAGAACUGCGCGUCACUUUGCCAAAAUUCCAAGUUGAUGAGACCUCACGCUCUGAGGCAAUGUUAAAGAGCAUCGGUUUGAAGAAACUUUUCGCACGCGAAGAGUCUGACCUCAGCUUGUUAUCCGCCGAUAAUGAUUUGCAUGUGGAUGAAGUGGUGCAGUUUGUGAGCGUACGCGUAGAUGAGAGUGGUAGCAGUGAGAACGCUCUCACUGCCUCUGAUACACAGGCGCGUACAUCUGGAGCGCCAGAACUUGAGUCAAUUGAAGUAAAUCGUCCCUUCUUGUAUUUCGUUAUGGACUGUGAGGAGGAGUUCGUGAUUGCUGCUGGCAAAAUUUAUACACCAGAGGUAAAGGAUGAGCUUCCAAUUUCUAUUGAAGUGGAAUUUGAGCAAUCUUAGGUUUAAGAAUUUUGGAAAUAGUAUAUAAAUUUCACAACUCACUAAUCCAAUAUACUCAUCACAAUAAAAGGCCAACCCAUUUUUAUAUAUUUUUCAAAAAAAAAUACCC